UGGAAUAAAUAGAGACCGCACUGCAUACUUCGUCACUUCUCACUCGUUUGCGAUUGGGUGAAUUUUGCUGUUUUUCAAGGAACCCAGACAAUUUGCGAUAUGGGAGGUUUUGUCUGGACCACGUUGGUGUGCUCUAUGUCACUUGUGAUUGCGACGAACGCCCGAAGAAGUAAUCAGAGCCCGGCGGAUAUGAAAAAUAUGCAGAUAGAUAUCAACGUACUCAGUAAUGAGUUUGACCGGAUGAACCAAAAGCUGGACAUUCUAUUGUCAAAAGUGGGCGGGAUGGAGGAGUGGAACAAAGUGGAGCCAGGAUGGCCACCGCUGACCCUGCUCAACGUCAGUCACCGCACGACAGAAGAUGACGGGGCUGUGCUAACUGUCUGGUACCAGACCCAGAGUUCAUGUAAUGACGUGAGGUCCAUCUGGACUUUGCACGCAUUUUGGUUUAAAAUUAUACCUUUUAAUGAGUCAGAACUUGUGGAUAGCUCAUGCACGUGCGUCCACCACUCAUGCCUCGGGUGGAGCUCAGUGACGGUGGAAGGACCUAUAGGAGACAAACAUCUCUCCUUGGUGCUCAAAGACACACACUACAACUUCCUCUACAAGAUGAAGCUCAAUCUCAAGCCAAAAGUACCAGCGGCAGAGGCUGUCCGAAGCAAGCUUUUUUUCAUGAACUCCGAACAAGAUGUUGUGUACAGUCCUGGGAAAGACCCCAUCAUAGAUAUGUUCUAUUCAACUCCAGAGGGAAAAUCGGGUGAUAUCCGACUGGAGGUGGAAUUAGAAAACCUAGGGAACAGUACCGGCGAGAUGAGGCUGGAGAAGCAAAGCGUAUCUGUAAACACCGACGCGUGGAGCAGUAGCAAAAAAGAUCUGUGUAUAAUAGAAAAUGAGAAGCAUUUUCUUCAUUUUACACGAUUCCAGCUUCGUAUAAACUCAACUAAAGUCGAGCCGUUGGGAUUUGUAACUGUUAACGCUUACAAUGGGGAUUUCGACAAUGGUCCUAUAAAAUCUCUGUCUGUGCUUCAGAAAGUCACAAUCCACAAAUCCACACAAAAGCAGCCAUACCCGGAGAAGUUUCUCCAGCUAGACGCAAUAUCAUAUCGGUGCACCCUGGGGGAUAAUGAGUGUAACAUAUUUUGUGAUGCGGUGGGGAAUCAUGUUCGUGACAUCAGGCUUUCACCGGCUAUACAGAACAAUACUAAAUCGACUGUGGUGUCCGAAAUCAUAGACAUAAAUUCUAAUUAUAGAAUCAGUGGGUACUGGUCGAUUGAGACACCUAGAUACGUGACCACGCUGGACUACGAAUGUUCUGUGACGUAUGAAGACAACGCAACAUCGAGCACGAACGUCUCAAUAACUGUCGUGGAUGUGCCUAAGAUUUUACUCAACGAAUCGGGAGUUAGCUACAACGAUGAUAAUCACAGUCUGAGUGUACAAUGCGCAGCACGCGGCGGACCACACCUACAACUGUCGCUCUCUAUAUCAAUGCAUGGUGAAGGCGGCAUGGACUUUUCCUACAUUAACAUCCACCCAUCACAGUAUGCACAGCUAGAGCAGAGGCCUGGAUACGUCAUAAAAAACUUUCAAAUUCCUUUGCCAGAUAGGACUGGAUCUGGACAGAGUCCAGUGUCUACGCUUACAGUGUUCUGCCACGCAAAUGUGCUAGACUUUUACUCUUUCAGGGACGAGGCAAUUCUGGUAAAGAAUUAUUCCAUUCCACAAAGGGACAACCAAACUACAAGUCAGUGAUGGCGUCACAUGCCAUUACGUUGAGAUAAUGACAUAGUGUCACGACACUGUGGAAUCAGGCGCUCGUCAAUUUGAGGGGAUAUGGCCUUAUUGAUAAAAUCUUAAUUUCAUUUCCUUUGCUUUUGAUGAAAAAAAAAUAUCCAUCUCUCUUGAAUAGAAGUCGAGAUAUUUGGAAUUGAAGGAGGUGGAGUCUCUUGUAUUUUUGUGCCUUUGAUCAACUUUUUCAGGAAAUUCCAAAUUGAAAAGAGCGUUUAAUUGGACAUAAAAAGUGUUGAACCGAAAGAUUUUUAUAAGUCGAUAAAACCACUUUCAGGUGCGAAAUGGAAAAAUGACGAUUUUUUUCCGACUUCAUUAUUUUGACGAGCGCCUGAUUUCACCACGAUGCAACAUAUAUUUUAUCCAUGAGUACGUGCAGGCAGUUAUAUUGCACAGGAAACAAAAACCGUUGGAGUCGUUUUUUAUAAUUUAAAUAAACACAGUCAACUUGUACUCACCCUAUACCAUAAUAUGUGAGUGGGACAUGUGUACGUGUAUGAUGCUUCCUAGGUCUUGAUUAUGCAUGCCACUUUCAGUUCAGCGUUCCGGCGUCGGGCUCAUUUACAGUACGCUCCACUUUUUCUGAAUUCUGAGUGUGUGUGGUUGGCGUGUGCUCUGGUGUGGUUUGCUCCUUCUUUCCUACUAUCAAACAUCUAUCGUCCUUAUCUCUCCUCCUUCGUUUGUUGUUGUUGUUGUUACUCUCUUUUUACCCGUCUAUUCUUCGAUACUUACAUGACCUAAUUGUGUGGUACAUGCCGUACAUCUCUUACUCUAACUAAAACAGAACAUUCUGAGUACAGAAAAAUGCUGGUUGGAGUCAGUUCAUGUAUGUACAAUAUAAGUUCAUCCUGCACAAAA